AUGAGGAAGCCUUCGCGCAGAGAACCAUCAUCACCUACAUCGCCAGAAUCCAUGGGGUUUGAUCGUGAGGAAGUCAUUUUUAAACUUGAAGACAAGUUCAAUGACGCAUGGGGAGACCUUGAAAACUACCUUUAUGAAGACGAUACCAUCUAUUACUGCUCUUCCUGCGGCUAUAGAGAUAUUGAUAUAAACGACGAAAAAGAAAGAUGCAACGGUCCUAAUCAUCACACAAGGCACUCGAGGCACGUCCUUGUACAAUAUCACAAAUGCUUUUCUCGAAAGGUGAUGGAUGUUUUGAUCAUUCUCCACUUCUUUGAAGCUGCUAUUGAAAAAUUAGUCAAGGGAGAGGAGGUCUGGCAUGGUUUAAGAGAAGAAGAUACCAUUUUUGACGACUUGGAAUUGGAUUUCCAAGAAUUGGGCAUUGAUGAUAAUGACGGUGAAGAUGAGAAUGACGAAAUAUACGAUUACGCUUUCUCAAGCUGUUUAUUAAGAAUGCUAAUGAUACAUUACUUUAAAUCUCUUUGCAAAACAUAUCAUUAUGCAGACUUGAUACAAACUCUAGGUUCACUUUUUGAAACAGCUCUCUUAAUUUUUGUCCGCAAUUAG